CUAUACGAGAGGAUGUCUUUGAAGAUCGCUAGAACUUUCGGUACGGAGUGAAGCCGUCGAACAAUCGCGAAAGUCUGAGGAAGCACAAGAAGUUUACUGUAGGCAGCGAGAGCACCGGACAGUGAACGCAUCCUUGUUAAGCACGAUACCGCCGAGUCCCAGAGUAUGGACACUGGCACUACGCAAUAGAAGGCUGAGGUACUCCCAGGCCAGCACCUGCCGAAGGACACACCAGCACCAGCACCACCAUGUUCCAAGCCAACGGAGGAGAUGAGCGUUACUGAUCAACGCGCAGAUCCGCCGAUGCUUAACAAUAUCCACUCAACCACCAGCCAGCAGCUGCCCAAUCUCCUACCAGCACCAGCACCAUCAACGAAUGGACGCGCAGAUUCGCCAAAGUCAAAAACCAUCCACCCACCCUCCAGCCAGCAGCCGACUAAGCAUCCGCCUCAGCGUCCGGCAAUGUCCGUCGAGACAUCGGAGUUGGACUUGCCCGGCAGCUUCCGCACAUCCACCUCUAUCACCAACGCCGCAGACCUCUCGCACUCCAGUCCGUUGCCGACACCCACCAAUGCUGGCACAUUCACGUACCCAGACCUCUCGCACCAAUCGGCCUCGACGUUAAGGAUGGUGGUAUGCGCGUUGGCGAGGUCGUUAGUCGCAAUCGCAGUCGCAGUCGCAGUCGCAGACGGACAGGUAAAGGUAGUAGUUAAGCGCUUCUCGCUUGCAGUUGCAGGCGGACGGGUGAAGGUAGCGGUGGAGUGCUUCUUUCCCUUCUCCGCCGGAGCCGGAGCAGAAACUGAAGACGUCGAGUUGCAGAUCUCUGCCGCCUGAUGCGCCGCAGCGCGAGUGCAAGAAGAUGCUUUGGCAUGAACGAAAGCAGCAGGCCACGUACCGUGGGGAGCGCCACGCUCCUCCUGUCAGCCUACCUCUAUUUCUACAACCCCAUCAUCUCCACUGCUGCCCUCCUGCAGCUCAGCCAAGACCCCCUUGGACAAGCGCCGUUACACCGAACCUUUCCUCCAUCUCCCCCGGGAAAGUGAUAUUCUUCCGUCACCCACGCCAGCGUGUUCUCAACGGUGCGCUCCAUCUCUACUUUUCCUUCUCCAACAUCCCAGCCAAGCUAGAUGAACAGAGUAGCGAAGUCGGCGGGACGCAGUUGGGCGAUGCU